AUGAAAAAUGGCGGUUUGGUUGAUCGUUUUGGCGAAGAAGAUGCAAAUUGUACGCAAGGAGUUCAGUGGAUAAAAGAUGUAAGUUUUCCCAGAUUCACUUUUACUUACAAUUAAAAUGAAAAGUAUAGUUAGUUAUAGACUUGAAAAAAACUAUUUUCUCUGAAUUUCAUUGAAUCUAUAGAAUAUCUAAUUCAGCAUAUCUCUUUUCGUUUUCGUUUCAAAAUCGAAAUUUUAAUGUCAAAAUCAGAUCGAAGAUUAAAAAUCAAAUGAAUUGUGUGAGAAAAGUUUUUUUUCUAGCAUGAUGACAUUUCUGAGAAUCGAUAAUUUUUCUCGUAGAUUUUUGUUGGUUUAGGUUCUAAAAUAAACAAAAAAAUCAUAUUGAACAGUUUUAUAACUUUAAUAAACAACAGAAAUUUCUAGUUUUUCUCUGAUCUCUGAUUUAAUGGUCCUUUUCCCCCAUUUUAUUUUGAUGACACAGUAUUUAGUUGACAUUGCCAAAAAUCAACAUAACAAGUUUGAAUAGCAAUUAACACAUAAAUAACACCAUAUGGUGUACAUAUUUUAUAGUGUUAAUAUUAAUCGCUUUGUUCUUUCAGAUUUUUACCGAUUGUGUCGAUACAAAUCUGAAACUAAUUGGUUUUUAUAUCGGAUUGCUCUCAUUGCUUCUUUGGCUUGUCCCAUUAUUUCCUCAACUUUGGCAAAAUUACAAGACCAAAAAAUGCGAAGGUUUAUCGUUGGCUUUUUUGUUUUUCUGGCUCGUUGGAGAUACUUGUAAUAUGCUUGGAGCGAUUCUAACAAAUCAGCAACCAAUUCAAAAAAUCAUUGGAGUUUAUUAUAUUAUUCAAGAUUUGGUUCUUUGGGCUCAAUUUGGAUAUUAUACGAAGAUUUAUCCGAAAAGAGAAAGAAGUCAUAGAAGUGGAACUAUUGUUGUUCCAUGUUUAGCUUUGGCGAGUUUUGGAUCAGUUUGUUUGUUUGAUAAUUAUGUGCAAAAUAAUGAAAAUAUUCGAGCAAAACGAUCAAUUGUAUUUGGAUUGGGAGAAAAACCACAAGGAUUGUAAGUUUUUAUUUGUUUUUUGAAAAAUGCUAAAAAUCUAUGAGUAAUAAAUCAUAAUAUUCGUUUUCUCAGACCAUUAGAAGGAAUGUUGGAAAUGUGGCCAAUUUUUGAAAGCUAUACUGAUAUGGUUGGAUAUAUAAUUGGAAGUUUGGCAGCAGUUUGUUAUUUUGGUGGAAGAAUUCCGCAAAUUAUCAAGAAUUAUCAAAGACAAAGUUGUGAAGGUUUAUCAUUGACAAUGUUUUAUAUUAUUGUUGCUGCCAAUUUCACAUAUGGUAUUUCGGUUCUUAUGGCUACAACUGGAUGGCUUUAUUUAUUGAGGUAAUUUAUUUUUUCCACAGCUUGAUACGAGCUCACAUAGAUUUUGAUAAUAGAAUUUUAAAAAUAAGAGAAUCUGGCUUUUCGAACAAAAAAUAACAAAACCAAUUUGUUUGUCUAGACUCUCUUCAAUGUCACACUGUUUAGGAUCAGCUAUAAUCCAAAAAUUCGAAAAAAUUUCAAAAUAAGUUUUUUGUCGUUUUCCCAGAUCCCAAAUGUUAUGUAAAGCUGAAAAAUUGAAAUUUUGCAGCUGCUAUGAAGUUUGAGGAUUUAUCGAAAAUUCUCACAUUUUCCAACAACCAAAACAGUAAUAUUUCAUAAUAUUUGAUUAAAUGAAAUUAUUUUAUUAUCAUUUUAAAGUUGCCAACUUCAGAUACAAGUGAAAUUUAUCAUUUUUCAAUUUGACCUUCAUUUCAUUUCGAUUUUUGCCGUGGCAGGUGUUUUGAAAUUCGGACAGAAAACUUAUUUUCGAUUUUCUCUCUUUUCAACUUAAAAUAGUACUAUUCAGAUUAGUAGUAUGAAAAAUGUGGGAAAACUACAAAAUAAUUUAUUAUUUUAUUACGAAAAGUGCAUUUUUUCUGCGUAGGAUAUUUUUUAGUGAUCCAGGUAGAAAAAAGUAUUUUCAUUAUCGAAAUGACCCUCCGCACAUAUCCAUAAUUAAUAAAUAGUAAAUAAAAAUAUUCUAGUGUAUAAAAGUAAAAUAAUAAUAUAUAAAUUAGCAUAAUCUUCUUCUUCUUCUUCUUCUCUCAUUGUCAAUAUUUCAUAUUUUCCAGACAUCUUCCAUGGUUAGCCGGUAGUUUGGGUUGUUGUGUAUUCGAUGCGAUUAUGAUCUCACAAUACUAUUACUAUCUUUCAAAAUCUUUGCCAACUGGGCCAGAUGAUGUUGAACGGACUGGCCUUCUUGAUGAAACUGAUGAUUAA